CAGACACCUUCCUUCCAAUCCAGUCCUCACCUGGAAGACAAGAAGCAAGGUUUAAUCGAGUACGUAACUAAGCGAGGUUAAGACUAAUCUCCUUACGUUUUAAGACUAUUGGAUUCUAUCUGGACAGUAAGACACCUUCCCUCACCUCAGCCCUCAUCUGGGAUACAUAAAGCAAAGAUUGACUACGUAACUGACCGAGCUUAAGACGAAUUCUCGAGAAGUUUCAAGAGAGUUGGAAUUUAUCUCAAGAAAAGAAAAUAGCGUGAAAUUUUAACUCGUUGGUUAUACUUUUCAUGAUGGGUUCAGUGACUGUCUGCCUCUUCGUGUUGAUGUGCGUGUUGGCGGCGAGCUGCGUGCCUCUUCCUGUCCCUGUCGCCGUGGAAAGAGAUGCGGCGAGUCAGGCACUGGUGUUGGUAAAGAGGGAGGCAAGAUUCAGAGGCGGAUCGGACAUUCCCUGCGGCUAUUCCCCCCCAAGUUUCAGAUGCGCGUAUCCUGAUGUGCCAGCUCUGUGCCCGCCCAGGCAUUACUCGCCCUGCCCAAUGGACUUCCCUUCCGUGCACAUUUAAGUCAACAUCUUAUCUACACACCACUGUUUAUUGCAUACCAGUCAGUGCUGUGUGAUGAUCUGCAGUAGUAGUAGUAGUAGUAGUAGUAGUAGUAGUAGUAGUGAUGUUGAUAGACAUGAGAGUGAUUAUAAUGUUAAGACCAAGGGAGAGUAGAAGUUGAAGUUGGUUUGUAACUUUGUAUAAGAUGGUUAAAACGGCAUUUAUCAUCUGCUGCUCCUGACAUUAGUAUUAUUCUGUGAUAUUCAGUAUCCUUACCUAAAUGUGUGUGUGUGUGUGUGUGUGUGUGUGUGUUUAAUCUGCAGUACGUGAUGAUGUUACCAAGAAUGAAGUUGUUUUGUAAGCUUUUAAACAUUUAAUAUGUUUAUCAAAGUAUAAUUGUAAAUUAUACGUUAUUUUGUUUUAUGCUAACAUCCAACCUCCAUUGAUGAAUAAAUUGAAAAUUGAUAUUUGCACGCCAGAAAUACGUAACCUAUAAUAUUGUGCGACUCUGCAGGGCGCGUAGCUCCCUGCAAUGGGUGGGUGUCCCGUGUGAGGAGCGCGGGGCACCCACCCCGGGAACUCCCCUGCUGAGGAUGUAGGUGGGUGAAACAUAAGCGUGGAUCCUGUGUAUUACGCAACAUAAGACACUCUCCUGCAAUUUGUGGACACAAUAUUGAACAUACAGUUUAUGGAGUGACUGACAGGCAUAUUCCUGCUGAAAGAGCCCUAUCAUUAUGUUCCUCUUCAGUGUCAUGAGGCAAACACCGCUAAUAUUACAUUAUUUGAAACCCGCUUUAGGUAAUAUAAGACUGUAUGUAUAUCAGCAUUAUUCAUUUUCAUGUUUGCAGUGUUCAGCAUGCAGAAUGUCAGCAGAGCUAGAGAGUGGCGGGAUGCGGGAGUGGUGAGGGGGGGAUAUCCGCCGCCAUCAGGGCGAAGUUGAUCGAAACAGGGACCUGCCGAGUGGUCCAAAUGUAAGCCUGUGUUUCCUUCCCGGCCUUGUGGAUCACCGCCACUGGUGGGGAAGAUGGAGCAUGCAUCGCCAUCCCUCCGUCUGUGGAAUCAAAAGCUUAGUGAAAUUCUAAAGCUAGCUGGAGAACUUCAGAAUGAAGACCAGAAGUUGGCUGCAGAAUCCUGGUACCUGGCAGUGCACCACAUCCAGUCCUUAUGGGGCAAGACUUCCCUCAGCACCACCAAGAAGGAUGUGUCGUCUCAGGUCGAGGAGGUCAAGCAGGAUGGACACAGAUCUGAGGCUGCCUCAAGUCUGGUUCUUGAUGGAAGAGUUUGGAAGAGGAGCACCACAUUACAGAUACAAACCUCAACACCAAAGGAAGAGGCAAUGAAGGAGGAAUGCUGUAUUGAAGAGCAGAAUUCAAAUAAGGUCAAGAGAGGCCGUCGUGAGGGUAAGAAGUCUUCCAAAUCUUCAGUGAAACAAGAAGCACAAGUUAAGCAGGAAAGCGAAUCGCAAGACAAAGCUCAGGAUGCUGGCAAGGUUCAGUCAGUCCACCUCAUGAUCUCAGCUGACCCUGUCCUGGUGCCGAGCAUGAAUCGAUUCAAGAAGGUGUUCAAGAAUGAGGACACAGGAAAAAUGGAAACCACUUACCAGUGUGAAAAGUGUCCUAAGCAAUGCCGCUCUGCCAUUGCUCUAUACAAACACUGGUCUUCUCACAGCAAGAGUUUAGAGUGUCCUAUCUGCCACCAGAUACUAUGCAACAGACAUGCUCUAAAUGCACACAAGAGGACCCACACUGGGGAGCGGCCGUUUGAGUGUACCAAGUGUUCCUCAAGGUUUACGACUCGAGGCAACCUUGCUCGCCACAUAGCCAGCCAUGAGGGGAAGAAGCCGUGGCAGUGUGCUCUGUGUGGCAAGCGAUUCACUGAGAAAAAGUCUCUUAAGGUGCACAUGCGAACACACACUGGUGAAAAACCCUAUGCGUGCUCUGUCUGCCCCAAGAAAUUCUCUCAGUCUGGCAUCCUCCAGGCACACAUGCUCAUCCAUACCAACCAGUAUGCACACUUGUGUGACAUAUGUGGCCGCUCUUUCCGCCAGCGUUCUCAGUUGGCAACUCACCACCUGCGCCACCAAGGAGUGCGCCCCUUCUCCUGCCCUAACUGUGACCGAAACUUCACCACCAAGGGUGACAUGGAGAGGCACCUGAGGACACACACAGGAGAGCGGCCAUUCAGUUGUGAUGUGUGUGGUGCCUCAUUUGCCCGCCCUCAGACCUUACAAGAACACAGGAACCGCCACUUCAACUUCAAGCCUUACAUGUGCAAGAUCUGUAGCAAAAGGUUCCAUGAGAUGGCUGCCUGCACUCGUCACAUCAAAGGUUUGCACUCCAGGGAGAAAGGAAACGCCCCAGCCUCUGCCAGUGUUCUCCGUCUGACUAACCCUGAACACCAGCAAGGAACAAAUGAAGAAGAGAAGCAGAGUAUUCUCAUUACUCAUCUUGAUGUAACCAAUCCUGAGACAAAGGAAGAAGACAUCCCACCUGCAACUCCACAGGAAGAUGUUGAGGGAAAUGAAGAGGAGGAGGAAGAGGAAGAAGAGGAGAUGGAAGGUGUAGCUGAGGAAGAUGGAGAGGAAGUGAAGCAUCACAUCUUUGUCAUGCACACCACAGAGCCGGAGGAAACACAGCUCAUUACCAUCGGAGAGCCUACUGGCAGUGAUGAAGAAGUCCCAAGGUCCACCGAGGUGUCAUGUGAUGACUGUGUCACACUCAUGUCUUCUAUGGACUUCCUGAGAAGCCAUGCCAGACACUGCACAGCUGUAUCGUGUGAGAACUGCCGCACUCUCAUAUCUUCAGUGGAGAUGGUGCGGGGACACAUGCGACUCUGUGAUAAUCACCAAGGUUUGCCUAUGGCAGAGUGGCUUAUGGAAGAUGAUGCCAUGAGCCAGGACAGUAACGGCAGCAGUGACAGAAACAGUGUUGACGGUGAAGAGGCUGAAGGCAGUGGUGAUGCUGCUGCUGGAGGCAAUGGAGAGGAUGAAGUGGUGACAUCAGAUCUGGAUCACCAAACUGUUACCAUCAGUGAGGAUGUCACCAUUACCUCACUUCCCCUCACCCAGCUGCCUCCCAUACACCUACAGCUAGAAAGUGACUACAUGGUGGUGUUGCGGGAGCCAGCCAGCAAUGGACAGACUGCAGAUAGGACACUUCCCCCACAGCAGGUAGAGGAACAUUCAUUAACAGAGGCAGAGGAAGAGAAUUCACAGCCAAGACUUGCAUUGGUCUCAUCACUGCUCAAUGAGUAAGGAUCACAUCAAGGUCAGGCAAGAGAAACUACUAUUGCACAAACUUGGGGGCCUUUAUUUUUUAACCCCAUUCUUGGAUCUCUGUUGAAUUGAAUUUAUAUUGUUUUGGAAAAAGUGACUAUAAAAUAUAUAUAAAAUAAAUUGGUGUUACUGGUUAUGAAAGACAAAUCAUGGGUUUUAAGAAUUCCUCAGUUUCAAACAUGAAUUAAAUUCAUUGAUGAUCAAUAAAGUGGUCGUUACAUUCCAUUUGAAAAA